UAGAUAAUUUUGAAACAAUAAACCGACAAAAAGACUACUUUGGUCUUUGAACUUUUUUGCAUUUAAAUUUUUUUCUACUUUCAAAGGUAAUUAACUAAUUUAACCUUUAGAAACUGACGAAAUGUGAUAUUAUCUGAUAUCACUUUCUAAUCGAAAAGUGAAAGUAUAUCGCUUGUUUAAGAACUAUCAGGGUACAACAGCUAUAUUAUAAUCUGAAAGUAUUGAAGCUGUUAUGUAACAUUUUUUGAGGAAAAUUAUUAAUUUAAAAAUUCACCACGUAGCGAAUACUAGUUUUAAUGCACUGGAAAUUAUCUUUUAGUUUUUUAUAAAAGUGCUUUUGUCUUAUAUUGCACACAUAUGGCUGCAAAAACAUCAAAUACCACUGGUUAUGUGGUAUUUAUUUCACUACUAUUUGAUUUAUUAGCGUUUACUAUGAUAUUACCAUUAUUUCCAUCGUUGUUGGACUAUUACAAACAAAAUGACUCUGAAGGAUUGUACCAAUGGUUGGAGGGAUAUGUCGGAGUUUUUCAGAAAAUGAUAGGUGUUCCAGAUAGGUUCAAUAGUGUUUUAUUUGGAGGAGUCCUGGGUUCAUUGUUUUCGUUUUUGCAAUUCACAUCAUCGCCUAUACUUGGUGGAAUCAGUGAUGUGUACGGACGAAAACCAGUUAUGAUAAUAUGUUUGAUCGGAAUACUAUCAUCGUAUGUAAUUUGGUCAAAAGCGACAACAUUUUCAUUAUUUGUCUGGGCAAGAGUUAUUGGAGGACUUAGUAAAGGCAACGUCAGUUUGUCUAUGGCUAUUGUAACCGAUGUUUACUCACCAGAAAAGCGUGGAAGAGGAAUGGCAAUGAUUGGUAUAGCAUUUUCAGUAGGUUUUGUUUUUGGUCCUAUGAUCGGAGCAGCUUAUGCAAAAUGGUCUCAUAGCCAAGAAGGAGCCUGGUUUGUUCAACCUGCAUUGUUAGCGGUUGCAUUAACUGUGGUUAAUAUUAUUUUUGUAACCUUCGCAUUCAAGGAAUCGCUCCCAAAGAAAAAUCGGGCACUAUCAGUCAUUGGAAAAUUAUCUGAAGCUCUCUCCUACAUUAACGUAGUGGAUCUUUUUAAAUUCAAACUUUUGGAUGGUCUUAUUUCAAGUGACGAAAUCAAGAAAUUGCGUACGUUGGGCAGUGUUUAUUUUGUUUAUUUGUUUCUUUAUUCUGGUUUGGAAUUUACAUUGACGUUUUUGACGCAUAACAAAUUUGGAUAUACUUCAAUGCAACAAGGUUGGAUGUUCUUUGGUAUUGGUAUAACAAUGGCACUUAUACAAGGUGGCUGGGUACGAAGAAUUCCUCCAAGUCGAACAGCCAAUACAGCAGUAAUGGGCUUGUUAUUGGUUGUACCAUCAUUUCUCUGCGUUGGAUUAGCCAACUCUGCACCGCUCUUAAUUUUUGGGUUAUUUUUGUAUGCAUUGUCUACAUCUAUUGUUGUUCCGUGUAUGACAACGCUUGCGUCUCAUUUUGGAUCUGGUGCUCACAAAGGUAAAGCCAUGGGCACAUUCCGUUCGUUGGGAGCUCUGGCCAGAGCAAUCGGCCCCGUUGUUGCCUCGAUAUUGUAUUGGUCUAUUGGUCCAGAAAUUACAUACUGCAUUGGAGGUGUGUUACUAUUAUAUCCUUGGUACACAUUGAAGAAAACAUUAAAAACUAUUAAGGUACAAUAAUAGCGUGUUUUACUAUACCUAUUUAAAUUGUAUGAAAAUUUAAAAGACAAACAUUUGUCUGUUGUUAAUUUUAGUUUUAAUGCAUAUUUUUUAUGCAAUAUUAUUAUAUAUCAUUUCCAUUUAAAAAACAAAAAUACUUAAGUUUUAUACAAUAGUAAGUUAUAUAUUGUGUUUUAACUUGUUAUUUAUUUUAUAAGUUAAAGCAAUUUAUUAAUUAUACUUUUAUAGUUAAAGAUAUAAAUAGG